AAGUUGUGAAACAGGUAAAUUAUUAAAAGUUAAAAAAACACUAAUGGCAAAAAUAAUAUAAUAAGAAAAUUUAGAAAGAAGGAAAGAGGGGGGUAGGUGUGGGAUUUGACCCAACUAUUCAAAAGCCAUCACCUACACCCACAUAUAAAACCACAUACAUUUCACCUCUUCUUCCUCAGCUUGCAGAACAACAAGCUCCCGUAUCUUUAUAUAUUUUACUUUUACCCCUUCAUCUUUCUUCCAAACAUCUCCAAAAUGCAGUGUGUUGCUCCCUCAUCCAGCAUUGCUUUCAAGUCCAUAACGGUAACGCCGUCACACACCGUUUCCCACCGGCUCGCUCAGCCAAAGUUCAACGUCAAAUGCGACGCAGCUGCAACCAACGCCACUAACGCUUCCCUCUCAGCAGCCGCGCCAGCCACCAACAACUUCACAGCCGGCGGGAUAGGGAAGAGCCGAGCCGACUGGCAAAGCUCGUGUGCUAUACUAGCUAGCAAAGUGGAAUCACAGCAGCAGAAUACAGACAAAUCAAGCGGUGCUGAUAAAAUAACCGUCGUUAACGGCGUUAACGGCCACAGCAGUCUAGAUCUGGUUCCAAUUGAUAAGUUACCAAAACCGUUAACCAUCGCUGACCUUUCACCGGCACCGUCGCACGGUUCGACGCUCCGCGUCGCGUAUCAAGGUGUACCUGGCGCGUACAGUGAAGCGGCCGCCGGAAAAGCUUAUCCGAACUGUGACGCCAUUCCGUGUGACCAAUUCGAAGUUGCGUUUCAAGCGGUGGAGCUUUGGAUCGCAGAUCGAGCGGUUUUACCGGUUGAAAAUUCUCUCGGUGGAAGUAUUCACCGGAAUUACGAUCUACUGUUACGUCACCGCCUCCACAUCGUCGGAGAAGUUCAACUUCCGGUUCACCACUGCCUGUUAGCGCUACCAGGCGUACGGAAAGAGUACAUCAACCGUGUUAUCAGCCAUCCGCAAGCCCUAGCUCAGUGCGAGUUAACCUUAACAAAACUUGGUUUAACCGUCACUCGCGAGGCAGUAGACGACACCGCCGGAGCUGCCGAAUUCGUAGCGGCGAACAAUCUCCGUGACACCGCAGCGAUUGCAUCUGCACGCGCCGCCGAGCUCUACGGUCUCAACAUCCUAGCCGACGGUAUCCAGGACGAUUCAAGCAACGUCACGCGGUUCGUUAUGCUCGCUCGUGAACCGAUUAUUCCACGGACUGAUAUUCCGUUCAAAACAAGCAUAGUUUUCGCUCACGAUAAAGGAACAUCCGUUCUGUUCAAGGUUUUAUCGGCGUUUGCCUUUCGGAAUAUUAGUUUGACGAAGAUUGAGAGCCGGCCGCACCGCAACCGGCCGAUAAGGCUCGUCGGAGAUGAGAAUGUAGGGACGGCGAAACACUUUGAGUAUUUGUUUUAUGUGGAUUUUGAAGCGUCGAUGGGGGACGUUAGGGCACAGAACGCGUUGGCUGAGGUUCAGGAGUUCACGUCUUUCUUGCGGGUAUUGGGUAGCUAUCCCAUGGAUAUGACCCCUUGGUCACCAUCUAGAUGAUUAUUAAUUAAGUUAAAUAUUUUAUUUACUUUGGCAAUUGGUUUUGUUAUUUUUGUAAGGCUUUCUUUUUUCAAGAAAGAUGUAAAAUAUGGUGGUGGUUGGUGAUGAUUUCCCACAAAUUUGUAUGCUCUGCUUCUCCUUCUGGGCUCACAUGCAUUCAUAAUCAAAUAAUUUUAAGUAAA